AUGAUUGUAUUGAUGUCUAUAUAUAGAGGAAAGUUCGCUCAAGUGAGACGUUGUGUCCAUAAGGAGACAGCGAAGACAUACGCGGCGAAGACAAUCAAGAAGAGGAGACGAGCCACGGAUGUGAGCCAUGAGAUCCUGCAUGAGAUCCGAGUACUGCUAACUACUAAUCAAAGCGACAGAAUUGUCAAACUCUAUGAAGUCUACGAAACGGCGUCUGAAUUCGUUUUAAUGCUUGAAAUGGCAGAGGGCGGAGAAUUACAACGCGUUCUGGACGAGGAUGAGUCAGUACCCGAACAUCACUGCAAAUGCAUUCCUCAAAACAUUCUGUUAACAAAUCCUUAUCCUUCGGGUGACGUAAAGCUCUGUGAUUUUGGAAUUUCCCGAAUACUGACCAAAGGGGCCGAACUCCGGGAAAUUGUCGGAACUCCUGAUUAUGUCGCGCCAGAAAUACUUCAAUACGAACCGAUCAGUUUGGCCACCGAUAUGUGGAGUAUUGGUAUAUUAACUUAUGUACUGCUGUCCGGACACUCGCCCUUCACAGGGGAGACUAAACAGGAGACAUAUUGUAAUAUCACGAACGGUUCGCUAGACUUUCCGUCCUAUCUGUUCGCUGAUGUCUCGGAAGAAGCCAAGGAUUUCAUUUGUAAACUACUCGUCAGAGAUCCUAAGUAUGCACUCAAUACUCAAUAUUGA